AUGGCCCUCGUGAGCUUCAUGACAAACACCUGUGGCUGGGGACUGAAGUUCAUCGAUGGCUGCAAUCUGGGCCGAAAUGGGCAGAUCCGGGAGAUGCAGAUGAAGUUCACGGCACCUCAUCCACUGAACCUGGUGGCCCCACACCUGAUGAUUGACCUUCGCCAGGCAGGGUACAUC